GCGACGCACACCACAUAGACACUAGAGUAAGAGAGGGAGGGAUGACGGGCGGCGGUGGAAAGAAGACCAAGAGGCGGCUGGAGCAGCUGCCGUUGGAAAUCCUAGAAUCCAUCAUGACUUGGCUCGAUGUGGCUUCGAUCUGCUCCCUGGCUUGUACAUGCAAGACCUUGGAAUCCUGCGCCUCCAAUGUCUUAACGUUCCUCGAUAAAUUCCAUUUCCCUGAUCACAUUGCGCCUACGAUAGAGUUGUUGGAGCGCUUGUUGCCGCUAAAUCCUAAUUUAAGGAGCUUGAAGGUGGAUUGUGAAGAGUUGGAUUGCUCCAAUGUUGAUCUUAUAAUUAAGCCAUCUUUGCAAGAGAUUUGCCUACGAAACUGUUUUCGGUUUGAUGGGAUGCUGUUGUAUAAGAUUGGAAAUCAAUGCAAGGAUCUUAGGUCACUCUACGUGGCAUCGGUGGCUGACCGAAGAGGAAUGAAGAUUCUUGUGACUGAUCUGGAGGAAAUCCUCAAUAAUUGCACUCAGUUAGAAGAACUUGUGCUGAUGAUUAGUUUAUCGGAAUUUGGCCCUCAGCUUUCUACUAAAAUUUGGGCUCCAGCUUCAGAUAAACUCACUUCGCUGGAGAUUGGUUCUAUUGAUUCAUGGGCGGUGGUUGAGACACUAAACUCAAAUGUGGGACAAGAAGGAUCCUCAUCCAACGUAUCAUGCAUUAAAAAACUGCGUCUCUCCGUAGACCUCAUCAGUGAUGCAUUGAUUGCUGCUAUAUCAAAUGCUUUGAUUUCCUUGACAGAUCUUGAUCUUCGAGAUGCUCCAUAUUCGCAACCUAUAAUUGAUUAUGACCUCGCAAACUCUGGUCUUCAACAAAUUGACCAAAUCGAUUAUGACCUGACAAAUGCUGGGCUUCGAACGCUUAAUUGUAACGGGGAACUUCGACGCCUCUCCAUAGUUCGUAUUCCAAAGUACAGGAAUUCCUCUUUCAUGGGAGUUAAUGAUGCUGGGUUAAUAUUUUUGGCUGAAAAGUGCAAAAAAUUGGAAAGCAUUUGUCUUGGUGGCUUUACUCAUAUUACAGAUGUGGGUUUUGAAAGAUUAUUCUGUUCGUGCCCUAAGCUAUACAAGUUUAGAGUGUUUGCAGGGAACUCUAAAUUUACUGGUCAGGCAUUCCGUGAUCUCUCUACAAGUUCCCUUUCUUUAACUCAUGUCAGCUUGAGAAAGUGUAGCUCUUUGACGAACAUAGCAAUUGUAAAUUUGGUAGAGAAGUCGGAUCUGCAAAUCCUCGACUUGAGAAGGUGUGAAAGAAUUGGGAAUACAGCACUUCGAGCUAUUGGUUCCCUUUCAAAGUUAAAGGUUUUACUACUGGAUGACACUAAUAUAACUGAUAAGGGAUUGUCAUUCUUAAGAGGGAGAGUGAUAAGUUCAUUGGUUUCAUUAUCCGUUAGAGGAUGUAAACAGCUUACGGGUAAAGGCAUCUCUAACCUAUUUGAAGGCUUGUCGAAAUUGGAGUUGCAAAGAUUGGAUAUGUCAGACAUUCCUGAACUCACUGAUGAUGGAGUUCUAUCAUUUGCAAAAUGUCAUUCUCCAAUUACUGUGCUCCGAAUCGGAGGGAGUUCACUCAUAACUGAUAUUUCAAUUGAAGCGCUAGCCCAUAGUGAUUUGCAAUUGUUGGAUCUCUAUCAUUGUGGUGGUAUUACAGAGCUAGCCUCUCAGUGGUUCGAAAAACCUUACUUUCCAAAGCUAAAAUCGUUGUGUUUUUCAGGAAGCAUUGGGGCAGAUUUGGCUAUAAAUAGACAAAAAUUAUAUGUGGGAUGGUGUGGCUGUGAGCAGAGAUCUAGCGCAUUGAAUCUUUCGGGCAAUUUGGACAGCAUUGAUUUUAGUGAUUUUGGUACUAAAGAUGAGGAAUAUUUGCUAUUCUAGGUGGAAGGGCUUCGAAGCGAUGAAUAUAUGACGGUGGGAACUCUGCUGCAGCCACUCCCCAACCGCCGAGCUGGUGCAGUAAUUUCUAGCACAGUUAUUUUUUAAUAAUUUAUAGUAUUUACAUUUCUUGCUGAUUAAGAAAAAAAAUAAAGAAGAUGCAAAUCUGGAUUAUGGAUUUGCUAAGAACUCAGAUAUUUCAUAUGGUUUCCUUGUUUAGUAAAUGCGGGGAGAGACCGCAAGACUUUCUUGUUUAGAAUUUUUAAUUAUCAUUUGUUAUGACUUUACAAGCGAAUA